AGUCGAGUUUCAGUCGCCAACGUGAUAACACGUCGAUUCCCGAACGAAAACCGUUACGAAACUUGAAACGAGUUUCACGCGAUACGAAAAAAGCAUUCCGAAUUCUAAAUUCGAAUUUUAAAUUUAAACUGCAUGCUUUGAGAGUGGAUAAGUGUAUUGUUGUAGUUUGUUUUUUUAUUUCGUUUUUCGUUAUACGGUGUUCUGACAAAAUAGGUGAUAUAAGUAACAUUUACAACAAUUAUGGGAAGUGGUCCAAGGAGCCCGUUUGUAGUGGUGAUAAUAUAAACUGGACGUUAUGUUACUACCACAUCAAGCGGAUUGUGGCCAUCCAAAUGCCGUUUUAUGAUGAUAUGGGGGAAGACCCCAAUUUGAACUUCACGUUCAAUGUCAACCUAACGUCGGCACUGAUCGAAGCAUCCCGCGGUGUGCAGAACCCUAAUGUGCUGCUAGAAAAGUUCUCGCAAAACAGGAAGGUCGAUGACCCGACAAGAGCUCUACUCCUCACAUUUUAUGGCAUCCUGGUAGUUAUCGGCGCAGUUGGAAAUGCACUCGUGGUCAUUUCUGUAGUCAGAAAGCCAGCAAUGAGAACUGCCAGAAACAUGUUCAUCGUCAACCUAGCGGUGUCCGAUGCGCUGGUCUGCUGCGUUGGCACUCCACUCACUCUGAUGGAGCUGUUGACCAAACAUUGGCCAUUGCCAGAUUGGCCAAGCCUCUGCAAGGCCUGCGGUGCCAUCCAAGCUAUAUCCAUAUUCGUGUCAACUAUUUCCAUCACUGCGAUUGCUUUGGAUCGAUAUCAGCUGAUCGUGUACCCUACUCGGCCUGGAUUGCAAACAAUGGGUGCUCUCGUCACAAUGUUCUUCAUAUGGGUCACCGCGUUCGCCCUUGCAUCACCCCUCUACAUAUUUAGAAGUCUAAAAACCCAUAAAGUCGGCAUACUAGGGUUCGACUUCAUACAUUUCUGUAUCGAAGAUUGGCCUUUCGAGAAAGGGCGGGCCAUCUACUCAGCUUUUAGCCUAAUAUUCCAAUAUCUCUUGCCAGUUUUAGUAGUGGUAAUUGCCCAUGUACAAAUUCACAGAAGAUUGCAAGGAAGGAGACGGCCUACGAGGAAAACUCCAGCUAUCCUUGUAGCAAUAGCUGUAACGUACGUCAUUAGUUGGUUGCCAUUGAACGUCUUCAACAUGGUAGCAGAUUUUAGUUCGCAACCCAUUCUCGAAGAACAACCAUUAACAAUAACGUAUGCGAUUUGCCACAUGUUUGGAAUGUCGAGUGCUAUAUCCAAUCCUUUGCUAUAUGGGUGGCUGAAUGACAAUUUUCGGAAGGAAUUCGAGGAGAUCCUUUGCUGCUGCAGAAAGAAAGGUCCAAUGAAGAAGAAUAUGAGGACUAAUAACCGGAAAAUGGACACAGAGUUGACUGCUUUGCAAUUGGAGCAAACGGUGACAACAAACACAAAGACGUCGCAAUGUUCGCAAAUUUUCUGACUAAAGUCCUGUUUCAAAUAGCAUGAAACUGUUGAAAUGCAAAGCAUUUGAACUUUUUUUUUAUUUGAAACCUUGAACAUUUCUAAGUACUGUUUUAGCGUAAUCCAUGUAUAGUGUGGUGUAAAAAGUUCCUCAGUUGUUUCAGUGUUUGUUAAUCUGUGUAAUUUACGAUGUAAAUAUAGAUCUUCUUCUAAUUUUAAGUCUAAGAAUAAGGUUUGAACAUAAUGUAAUGUAAUGUAAACGGUGAUUUACGUUUUAAUGAGCCCAAAGCGUAAAUCGCCUGUUAUAAAAUGAGAAUGUGAUUUAGGUGACCUAAUUUUAAUCUCUUUUUUAAUAAAAUUAAUUAUCUCAGGG